AGAAAAUGAGAGCGCUCCUAAGCCGCGGCUCUAAAACCGAAGCGCACCGUGUUAGAAUUGGAUAGUGGAGGUCAUCAAACUUCAGUAACGGCGUAUUCUAAUCGUCGGGAAUUCCUCGUUCUCUGUUCCGGGUUUCCUUCGACGUUCACUGGAUUAGGGCGGCUUCAGGUUUCAUUUUGGUUCUGCGUUUUCUAUUAGCCGCAGAGAUGAGUCAUGGAACGAAGUGGUUGCAUCACCUCACGAAGCUAUCCUCUGCGAAUAUCUCAGCUAGUUUGAUAGAGAAAGGGCAGAAUCGAGUAAUUGAAGCCUCUCUCACUCUGAUUCGUGAGAGGGCCAAGCUCAAGGGAGAACUUCUCCGUGCUUUGGGUGGAGUAAAAGCUUCAGCAGCACUUCUAGGAGUUCCACUUGGCCACAAUUCAUCUUUCUUGCAAGGCCCUGCCUUUGCACCUCCUCGCAUUAGAGAAGCCAUAUGGUGCGGCAGCACCAAUUCUAGUACUGAAGAAGGCAAAGAACUAAAUGAUCCUCGUGUUUUAACUGAUGUUGGUGAUGUUCCUAUCCAAGAGAUUCGAGAUUGUGGUGUAAAUGAUGACAAGUUAAUGAAUAUAAUUAGUGAAUCCGUCAAACUCGUGAUGGAACAAGAACCGCUUCACCCAUUAAUUUUAGGCGGCGAUCACUCCAUUUCAUAUCCUGUUGUAAGAGCAGUGUCAGAAAAGCUUGGGGGACCGAUAGACAUUCUUCAUCUCGAUGCCCAUCCUGAUAUCUACGAUGCAUUUGAAGGCAAUAUAUACUCCCAUGCUUCUUCUUUUGCACGAAUAAUGGAAGGAGGUCAUGCUCGUCGACUAUUACAGGUUGGACUCAGAUCUAUUACCGCCGAAGGUCGGGAGCAAGGACGACGAUUUGGCGUGGAGCAGUACGAAAUGCGCACAUUUUCAAGGGACCGAGAAGUGUUGGAGAACCUGAAACUGGGUGAAGGUGUAAAAGGGGUUUAUAUCUCUGUGGAUGUGGACUGCCUUGAUCCAGCAUUUGCUCCAGGUGUUUCUCAUAUAGAGCCUGGAGGCUUGUCGUUUCGUGAUGUGCUCAAUAUCCUUCACAAUCUGCAGGCUAAUGUUGUGGCUGCUGAUGUUGUAGAAUUCAAUCCGCAGCGUGAUACUGUUGAUGGGAUGACCGCUAUGGUGGCCGCUAAGUUGGUGAGGGAGCUCACUGCUAAGAUUUCUAAUUAGACUCUGCAAUUCUAUGUAUAUUUGAUUUAUUGAACUGCACAUAGAAUUAAAGGCGUUGUUUUGUUUUUGAGAUACAAUUCCUGAAUCAGUUCAGCAUAGAGUAAAUUGUCAGAAUAGCCCUCAGGAUUA